CAGACUUUGCUCUUUGCUCCCGGGAAAAGCACAAAACAGAGCGAUAACGGUCGUCCCGCCCUCCCCCCGCCGCCGCUCGCCAUUGGCCCCAGGUCCUGUCUGUCUCCCCCCCGGCGCCCAGUCGCAGCGGGGGCUGGGCUGGGAGCUGCGGCCCGGUAUUUCAGCAUCCUUUGGGGGUGGAGACGUGGCAAAGGGCGCAGCAGGCGGCGACAGGGACCCGGGAAGGGGCUGCCACAGGCCGGGACAUGGAUGGGGACAUAGGAAAGAUGGAGUCCCCUGCCUGCGCCAUGGGUCCCUUGGACAGCCUGGAACUCCUGGAUCUCUUGUUUGACCGGCAGGACGGCGUCCUGAGGAAUGUGGAGCUGGCGGAGAGCUGGAGCCACGCCGGGGAGGAGCAGAAGGUUCUGCGGAAUUCUGACUCCGAUGACUUCCUAAGUUCCAUCCUGGGACCUGGAGACUCUGACCCCAGCUCCCCGCCGCUAUGGUCCCCGGCUGACAGUGACAGCGGCAUCUCUGAGGACCUGCCCUCGGAUCCGCAGGACACCCCACCUCGCAGCAGCGGAGCAGCGAACCCCCCCGCCAGGUGUCAUCCCAGCCAGCCAGGCAAGGGGCCCUGCCCCUCCUACCUGCCCAGCGCCCCAUGCCCCGCGCCUCCAAGGACGCAAGUACUGGAGUCCUCGGUGGCCAUCGACCUGGACAUGUGGAGCACAGACACACUGUACCCGGAGGAGCAGGCUGGUUCCCCCUCCAGAUUCAACCUCACGGUGAAGGAACUGCUGCUGUCCGGCAGCGGCGGGGACUUGCAACAGCAUUCCUUGGCUGCCUCCCAGCUGCUGGGUCCCGGGAGUGGGCACUGCCAGGAGCUGGUGCUGACAGAGGACGAGAAGAAGCUGCUGGCUAAAGAAGGGGUGACCCUCCCCACCCAGCUGCCUCUCACCAAGUAUGAGGAAAGAGUCCUGAAAAAAGUCCGCAGGAAGAUCCGGAAUAAACAGUCGGCUCAGGAGAGCAGGAAGAAGAAGAAGGAGUACAUCGACGGUCUGGAGAACCGGAUGUCAGCAUGUACUGCCCAGAACCAGGAGCUGCAGAGGAAGGUCUUGCAUUUAGAAAAGCAAAAUUUGUCUCUCCUGGAGCAGCUGAAGCACCUGCAGGCCCUUGUGGUCCAGUCAACCAGCAAAUCCGCCCACACCGGCACCUGCAUUGCUGUCCUUCUGCUGUCCUUUGUGCUGAUCGUCCUCCCCUCCAUCAGCCCUUUCGACUCCAACAAGGCCGACAGCCCUGGAGACUUCGUGCCAGUACGAGUGUUUUCCAGAACCCUCCACAACCACGCUGCAUCCCGCGUGGCUCCCGACGUCGCCCCAGGCUCCGAGGUCCCAGGACCCUGGCCAGACGCUGGCACAACCCACAAAGGCUCUCCUUCCGGCGGCCUCGGCGCAGACUGGGGCAAUUUUAUGGAAAUACCAAUGCUGAGCAACUCCACAGGAGAGCUAGACAACUCCACCCUGGUGCUGGUCAAUGCCACGGAGGACCUGGGCCGGGCCACCCUGCUGGACUGGGUGGCUUUGGAAUCGCUGCUUAGCCCGGGCCGGGUGGGGCUGGAGAUGCCAGGGGUGGAGAUGUGGCUGUCCUGGCUACCAAGGUGGCUGAGGGUCCGUCUGGUGCAGGGUGCUCUGGAGGUGCUGUGACAGCCGCAGACCCAGAUUCACAGACAACCCUAGGGACUGACGGCGCCUCCUCCAGAAGCUGACCCUGCAUAUCCAGUGGAGGGGUGCAGGCAGGCCUGAGUACAGAGGCCCUGGUGUAGGACAAGAACUAGACGCCCUUACCUACACAGACCCCGACAGACAGACACACUUCCACCUGAGCCCUGACCCCCACCCCAUGGAGCCUUCCCUAUCCCGUGACCACUGGGAAGAUGCAGGGCCUCGGGGACCGGGUUCUCCAACACCGGGGUAUGGACUUUGGAGUGGGCCCAGCCCACAAAUGCCCAUCUCCUUUUUUUCUUUGAGAGACAGGGUCUGGAUGACAGAGGCAGGCCUCGAACUCACAGAGAUCCUUCUGCCUCUGCCUCCUGAGUGCUGAGGUUAAAGGUGUGCGCCACCACCGCCCAGCUAAGCACCCCCCUUUUCUAAGACUGUUGUUUGUGACUGUCAAUAAAGUAUUUUGACAAUA